GGAGCCACUGGUGCAUCGGCGGCCGGCCGUCUGCGGCCGUCCCUCUCAGUAAUCCCCGGGAUAAGGUGAUGUCCCUCCCGUGUUGGCUGCCGCUGCCGAGGAGGGGCUCAGAGGUCUGCUGUGGCGGUGGCGGCUGCGGCUGCGGCUGCGGCUGCGGCUGCGGCUGCGGCUGCGGCUAUCACGUCUAACCGCAGCAGUCAUGCCCGCUGCGCCAUCUGUCGGUCGGAGUGGAGGCCCGGACCGGCCCGGUCCGGAGUCUCACCACACUACCCGCGUCUGGGGCCGGGUCACAGGCAGUCUGCCGCGGAGCGCCGGCCCGGGAGGAACCCGGGAGGGCGUGUGAUGAGGUGAACUGGGAGGUGAACUGAGGUGAAUUGGAAGGUGAACUGAGAGAGAGAACUCGAGUGCGGUGAAGGCCGGAGAGGCCGGACGGCAUUGGUAGCCCUUGUGGUGAACUAUUGGCGAAAUACGUUCGCGAGUAUAAGCCACCGAUGUUGGACAUGAAACUGGAGCUGGUGUCUGAACAAAUGGUGCACGAGGAUGUGCUGGCGCAGCUGGCGCCCUCCGGUGACCCGUGGUUGUACGGGAGGCACUCGCAGCGCUGGCGAAUGAGGCCGACUCUGGGCGCCACCGCCGACAGCAGCGCCCCUAGCGGCGGCUCCAACAGCACCCUGAGCUCUGAGUCCAGCGUAGGAGCGGCUGUGGCGCAGGAGCCGCGCCGCAGCAGUCGAGAUAGGAUUCAGGAGUCCGCCGCCGCCUUCCUUCGACGCGUCGAGAGCAUGCGAGCUCGCCGACGGAGGAGGAAGACGGAUCCACCCGGAGGUGACAGCCACCGCCACCUAGGUGGUUCGAAGGGCGACGGGUACGCCAUCUCGAACAUAGAGGCGCCCCUGUCGCUGGAGCGACUGGGCGGACAGGAGGAGGCGGAGCCGGCGGAGCCGUCCCCGCUCAGCCGCUGGCUCCGUGGAGGCAGCGUGCGGCUCGGCCGACGGACAACGGCCAGCUGGAGACCGAGCAGCCUCAACAUGGGCCAGGAGAGCGGCGCCUACAGAAAGAAAGUACAAAACAAGUUGAAGAAAAGGAAAGAGCUACGCGAAGCAGCCCUUCCACCACUGCACAAGUCCGCGUCAUGUACGCCGCAGUCCGGUGCUCCUGCGCCACUCAUCGUCUACAACCGCAGCUACGUGGACAAUACAGAGGAAGAGGAGGAGGACGUUUCACCGUCCAGCGUCCGCGAGAACCGGGCCAAUUCGAGCCCGAUGAUAUCCGGACUGGCUCAGUGGAGGAACCGAUCCAACAGCUGCUCCAACACCCUGGACCACGGCUCCGAGUGUUCGCUGGCGUCCUCGACCGGGGCGACGUCGCCCGACCAGGCGGACGGCAGGCAGCGCAGGUCGAGCGUGGUGCGGUGGCACAGUUUCCGGAGGGAGAGCGCGGCUGGCUCGGCUCCUCUGCCGCCCACGGACGGAGGAGACACCCCCGUCUCCCAGCUGACGACCGGUCAGAUCCAGUCUCUGCGCAACCACGCCCUGCUCAGAAUCACGACAGCCGUGCAGCGCUACUGCCCGUCCAAGUCUGCCGGCUGGGGCUGGGAGCUGCCCAAGCUGAUGCGACGGCGGCGCGCCGACCCCGACUACCGCUCCCGGCGAGUGUUCGGAGUGCCUCUGACAGUGGUGGCACAGAGGGGCGCCGGACCGCUACCCGCUCCCGUCGUACAGGCGCUCGAGAUGCUCCGCAGAACGGCCCUAGAGCAGGUGGGCCUGUUUCGUAAGUCUGGCGUUCGCUCGCGAAUCCAGCAGCUGAGGCUGAUAUGCGAGGCGGCCGGAGACGAGGAGCAGGUCACGUUCGACGGGUUCAGCGCGUUCGACGUGGCCGACCUGGUCAAACAGUACCUCAGAGAGCUGCCGGAGGUGCUGCUCACAUCGCGAGUCUCACAGAUGCUCAUCACCAUCUACCAAUAUGUUCCGGCCGAGCUGCGUUUGGACCUGGUCCGGUGCGCACUGCUUCUUCUACCGGACGAAUCUCGCCUGGCCCUCCAAACCCUGCUCACCUUCCUGGGCGAGGUAGCAGCCGCCUCCGAAGCCAACCAGAUGACGGCGCACAACCUGGCCGUGUGUCUGGCUCCCUCCGUGCUGGCGGUCACAUCCAAACGUUCCUCGUCUGCCUCGCCCCGCCGCACGCGCCGGGCCGGCCUGCCCGCUCAGAGGGAGCUCGAUGAGAACCGCGCAGCUCACGAGUGUCUGGCAGAGUUGAUCAGACAGGGUGAUGCUCUGUUCCGGCUGCCGGCCGCACUGCUCUCCCGGUGUCGGUUCUCCUACCUGGACGUGUCCCAGCCCGUGGCUCUCUCCUCACUGGGAACGGAGGAGCAGCCGGGCUCGUGGCGCGCCUACACCGACUCCUGCUGCACGGCACUGGUCAGGGAGGCCCGUGACAAGCCGCGGGGGUGGGUGACCGUGCCCUGCGUACCGGCCGGUGCGAGCUGUCCGUCUACCCCCACCACUCCCUCUACCAACGGAGGGUCAGCGUUCUCCGUCUUCUCUGGGUCUCCGAGCUCCUCGCCGCUGCCGCCGGCUACCACCGCGGACGUGGAGCUGGCCUAUCGCAAAGUCGGCGACGGACACCGGCUGCGCCUGUGGAGGGCAGCAGUUGAGGUGGAGGCACCUCCGUCCGAGGCGCUCCAGAGGAUCCUCCGUCAGCGGCACGCGUUCAACAUGCGCGUGGUCAAGUGGCGGGUCGUGGAGCGGCUCGCUGAAGACGCUGAGGUGUACCAGUAUGCUGUAUCGGCCCCAGCGCCCCUGCCAGCCACAGAGUUCUGCGUCCUGAGGGCGUGGCGAACCGACCUGGCGCGCGGCGCGUGCGCGCUCGUCGAGACGUCCAUCGAACACCCCGAGUCGCCAGCGGGCAGCGGCGCACGGCGCGGCGUCGUGCUCGCCUCGCGCUACCUGGUCGAGCCCUGCGGCUCCGGCAGGUCAAAGGUCACCCACUUCUCGCGAGUCGAACAGAGGGGUCUUUCUGUUGACUGGUACAGCCGGGUCUACGGCCACGAGUGUGCCCGCGAGCUGGCCGCGCUGCGUCAGUCCUUCUGUCACGUGACUGAGGGCCCCGAGAGCCGGGUUUGAGCCAUCCGCCCCAUUAGUCAGUCACAUGACUCAACACCGCCGCCGACUCUCUAACGCAGUCUUGUCACGUGAGGGUCAACCAAAGCCGCGCACGCCCAAUGUCACCCGUCACGUGACCAGCAAACCUGAACAGAAGCAUUGUGGACAAAUCUGGGAGUCGGUCCGCGGGCUGCGUGGUUCCCUGAGCACGUAUCUGCUCGCCGAUCAGCGGUUAUCAGCGCUACUGUCCAGACAGGGCGUGGGGUGAAUCCCGGCGCUGGUGGACGCAGCGCGCUGCGCCGGAGGACAGAGCACGGAGUGACCGUGCCGGACAGAGCAGCGGAGCAGUGGCAUGCCCUGCCGCUCGCCGAGGUCCCUGGAGAAGGUGAUCGGUCAUUGGCGAGGCGCUAACCUUCCUGGACUCGCCGUAUUGGUGUAAUGAUGUGUGUUAACGAUGUGUUUGCUGCAUCCGCGGGGUAGUGGAAAAGGCUCCUGUAACAUCUAGUGGAUAGAGCUUUGUAAUAUGUGUAGAUGCCUGGUAGAUUUGCUCUGUGACAUUUUGAUGUUUUGUUCUCUAGACUAUUGUGCUCAGAAGAAUUUGUGUCUUGACCAGUCGCUUUCCAUCGGAAUUGCAUUGGAUUUGGGUACCAAAGCAAGAAUGGUACCUUACCAAAUAAACGUGUCUGUACCAGACCUUUAUGUGUAUAAAUAUUUGAUGUAGUUUUUGUCCACUGCGUGGACAGAGGGUUUCUGUUCGUUGCUUAAUUAUCUAUUUGUUCGAAUUUCACUAUGCCGUGAUAUGUCGUGCCCUUUGCGUCUCUGUAUUUACAACAUUGCGUAGAUAUUUGUAAUAGUUUCUGUGGUUCUCCUGUAUGAAUGUCGUGACAUGGAGCACGCAUAAUUAUCGCAUCCACCCGGUGCGUGUGGAAGCAUAUGGCUCCGUUCUCCCAUAAUCGAUGCCAUCGAGCCGGUAAUGUGCCGUCUGGACCGAAGGCCGCGCUGCUUGAGCUGCGCUAUGCGUCAGCCGGUAGAUUAAGACGAAUGGCCCUCAGCUGGCACGGCAAAGAUCAGCCUAAUGCCGUCUCCUUGUCCAGAGCCCUGGGGAUCGGCGUCUUUCGGCGGCUCCACAGACUGGCUGAGCUCGGUGCCGGCUGGCGUGGGAUGAUGGAGACGCGGUAGUUUAAUUGUGUUUACGCAGAAGAUAAUCUACUUUUGCGCACAUUUAGAGCUUGAAUGUCAUACGUGUUGAAGGCGAGAUGGGUCGAGAUGACAUUGAAUAUCUGUAUAAUGAAUUAUUUCUGAGGCAAUGUGUUAUUGGUAUGUGAAACAAGGAAUGCCAUUAGCUGCAGCUAAGAUUUAACUGCUGUUGAAAUAACCUAACUGAAAGAUACAACAGCAAUGCAGUCCCUGGGGCUGCUCUGUCACUUUUCGGCUGCAUUCCUGUCUGACAUAUUUAUGCAGCUCUGGCGCAUUGUUAUUUAUGUAUAUUGUAUAGCGGUAAUGAUACUGAAACUGUUUCCUGUGAUGUUCAUAUAAUAUAUGGGGUGCGAUAUAGAUCGAACCGUUACCUGAAGCAUACACAAUUUCAACGCUUUUAUUCUGUCGCCGCUAGACGCACCUAUGUCCCUGACUUAUAUCCACUCAACCUUUUCCUUUUAAAGCUAAGUGCCUCUUUCUGUUCCGUGAAGUUGCAUGCGAUGGCAAAGUACCAGAGUGUUCAAACAAGUUGAGUGUUAAGAAACGUUUAUGGUGUCGGUUCACGACGCUGCACGACACUAAAAUGACAGAGGUGUUUGUCACCAGUGUUGUGUGUCGCCUUCCGUCUGAUGUUUUAUGAAUUCCACUAAGGGACGACACUGAAUAAAAAUACCCGACAUCGGGGUGAAGAUAGCGGA